AUGUUUGCAAAGGAAAGCGAAGUGAAGAAUCUGUUCUCGCAGUUCGGAACCGUUGUCUCCGUGAAGAUUAUCAACGAUAGGGCCGGCGUUCCGCGCGGCUAUGGAUUCGUGACAUACGAGACCGAAGAGGACGCCAAACGAGUGAUGAAAGAGAGCGACAAUCUGUUGAUUAAGAACCGCAAACUCAACAUCUCUGUGGCCAUCAAAAAGCAGCAACACUUCAGCAAUGACGUGAAUGUGCGGAACCAUUCGAACGGCUCUUUCAUAUACAGCCCCUACUCUAUAGUGAACGCCGCGUCCAACACGUUGUACCCGGAGAUCGUCUACACGUCGGACGGCAUUCCGGUCUACAAUCUGGGAGCGGCCGGUCAGCUGAUGGCCAACUGUGGCGUGUCGUCGCCGCAGACCUCAUAUCCCUAUACGACAUAUCAGACGCCGUCGGGUCUAUACCUGGCGACCACUCAGCCAUCGCUGGCCACUCAGCAGUUCCCACAAUUCCAGACGUCUGCCGGCGCCUCCCCGCCCGCCGCCGGCUACCCAUUGCUCGCCACUCCCUAUCGAUUACCUCUCAAUUCGCAGAAUGUCAACCAAAUGAAUCCAUACCUCCACAUGUCGUCGGCAACUACACCGCCAUUGAGUCAGACCUCAUCGCUUCCCCUGCAGGUGACGAGUGUCGCCAAUUCGAUGAUGGGUUCGGGCGACGGCGGCCACAACAUGACUAACGCCGUGAACGCCAUCAACAGCGGCAUGUCUUCACUGAAUUUACUCCAAUCACCCGUUUAUGCCAUUUCGCCAAAUAUAGCCAACCAUUCGAGUCAAUCGAUGGCAUGCGUGCAGAACGUUCAGCUCAAGACAGACCAUCACCACCACCACAGAGGGUCCGACAUGUCGGACAAUGGACAGGUGAUGGCCGCCACUCAGAACUCGUCGCAACCGGUGCUGGAAUUGGUGCCGAUUUGGGCGCAAAACGUGCCAAACACUCAGUCGUCGCAAAAGCCGGCGCCCAAUCGCUACCAAUACAAUCACACGACGGCUAAACCGCAGCAGCAAAGCAACGGCGCCGGUGUCGGCCAGUCGACCGUUAAGGACAGGCCGGACAGACGUAAUAACUCUAGUUAUAACGCUAGUCAUCAUCACUACAGAAAGUCGGUCACCAACUCGUCGGCCAAUAAUCGGUUCAAAGGGGGCAAUGGAGGCGGAGGGGGCGUCGGUGGCGGACACAACCCGUACGCCAACGCCAACCCGAACGCCAAUUCGUACGCGAAUUCGUACGAAAACGAGUGCCAAACGGUUCACCAGAGUUCGGUGCCCAACAGCUACGCCCUACAGGGGCUGCCAUUCGUCAAACACAACCGAUACCACACUAUGCCAUACAAUCACCAGCCGAUGGUGAAUGUGGUUCAGCCGGUGCAGCACCACCACCAGCAACAACAACUACAACAGUGUCAGCUCAAUGGCAGUAUGGGUGUGGGCGCCGGUGGUCAACCCCCAAUGGUGACCAAAAUGGUGAACGGCGUCCAGAUCUACGCGUUUCCCAACAACUCGGGCGCUCCCGGCGGCUACGGCUCACCGCUCACACCGCCGCUGACGCCCGGCAAUCACCAAAUGGUUCACAAAUAGUUCGCAUCAUUAUUAUUAUUAUAGUCUAUUUAAAAGGCAUUCCAAUCGCCAGUUCCGUUGUCGACUAAAAGAACCCAUACUUUCAUUGAUUUGCUUUCAACCGUAUUGACGAUUAUUAGAGGAAAUAGACAAUUGUUUUCUCGAUUUAGACAUACGUUUAUUAAUUAUAAUUAGAUAUAAAACAAAAUUUGCAAACAAAACGAGUGAUUAAAAUGCGAAAUGACUAGUCAUUGAAGUAUAAGUGAAAAUAACACACGAAAAACACUUAUCGUUUAAAAAGUGAAAUUAAUUUCUCAUUUAAUUCAACAAAAACAGCGAUUAUCUCAAACCCCCGAGACUUAUACGACUGACUUUCACAGACACAACACACACGCCGUGUAAUCGUUGUUUAAAAUAUAGUCAUUAAUUGUUUAACUUAUUUGAUUAAUGCAUAAAACAAAAAAAGACAUUACAUUUUGAACUAAUAAUAGGAAUUUCUUGCGAUAAAUACCUUUCGG